AUGAGUGGGGAUAAUUCUAGGAGAAGAAGAAAGAAAUUUACUUUCAAGACUAUUGAAAAUGAUAAGUCCUACAAUGAAUUGAAGGAACUUCCUGUGAUUCCAAGCCAUAGACAAUUGUUAGAAGGCUCAAUAUUUGAUGCAGUAGGUCCCAAUUUUAAACAACUAAAAGAAGACAUUUCAUCGUUAUACAGUGUAAUUGAAAGAGAUGUUUCCAAUGAAAAUAGACAAAUUGGACUUGUAGAGCUACAGCUUAAAAAGUCAUUGAAAAGAGUAAACCAUGCUUAUAACGAAGUUGCAGUAGAAAGGGAUCAAAAUAGAGCCGCCAGUUACAAUUCAAGGCUAUUAGGUAAUUUUUUUGAUAAAGAAGAUAACGUACAGAAUUCCGUUAAUGAGAUUGAUGUUUUAGUCAGUGGCAUAUUAAGCAACAUUGUACAAAUAGACAAUAAAUUCCCCAAAAAGAGUCAGAUGUUGAAGGAGGAUUUAGUUAACAAACAACACUAUCCACUUCUCUUUCAACUGCUGAAUGAAAAAUUUCCUAAAGUUUCAUCACCACUAUCAACGCCUUCGAUACCAUUGCCGCCACAAUCAAUACCAUCACAGAAUUCACUAGAGAGGAGUUCACCAAAAGAAUCAAGUCAUGAUGAGACCGAAACGGCUACACCACCCCAAAAUAAAAUUAAGACCCAAUUCAUGCCACCAACUUUGAGAAGGAAAAUUUGUGCUCCCUCAACAUCUACAACUUUAGAAAACAUUAAUGCUAGUGAAAUCAUUAAUAUAAAGAGAUCAGAAUGA